AUGGCGAACCUGGCGUUGACGCACCGGAAACAGGGACGGUGGAAGGAGGCCGAGAAGCUAGAAGUGCAGGUGAUGGAGACUCGCCAGAGGGUGCUGGGCGAGGAACACUCAGCCAAGGCCGUCACGCUGAGGCUGUAG